CUCCGUUGUAAAGUGCUAUGACAACAGGGCGAAGAUGGCUUGGAGUUAGGCGGGAGCGGGGAGGUGUCCCUUCCGCCGCUGCUGUCCUUUCUCUGCUACAUCUCACUCACUGCCUCCUUCUUCAUCACGUCCUCUUCUUUGUGAGCAGCAGCUCUUGCCGUUGUUCUUGCCUGCCUGGUCUCUUCCAAGGAAUCGAUGCCGUUUUCCCUGCUUGUCCCCGGGGGUUCCAGAGAAGGGAUGCAGAGGAGCUCCUUGGGGUGAUCCCUCCAACUCUCUGGAGCUGGCGGUGCUCUUUGCCCGGGACGUGGAACGAGUUGGUGCCGGAGAACGAGAGGGAGUAGCGAAGUUAGGGUUGCUUUUCUUUGCAACCUCCGCUCUCGCUCUCGUCGUUCCAGCCUCGGGACCCUGGCAGGCGUCCUUAAAGGGAAAUCUGCGGAAACAGUUCGAAGAAAGGUGGGGCAGGACCCACCUGAUUCGGCAUCAGAGUGAACGAAAAUGUCUUUAUUUAAAGCCCGUGAUUGGUGGUCUACUGUUCUGGGAGAAAAAGAAGAAUUUGAUCAAGGCUGUUUGUGUUUGGCUGAUGUUGAUAAUACAGGAAAUGGACAAGAUAAAAUAAUUGUGGGUAGCUUUAUGGGAUACCUGCGAAUCUUUAAUCCUCACCCUGUAAAAACAGGAGAUGGAGUUCAAGCUGAGGAUUUGCUUCUGGAAGUUCAUCUACAAGAUCCAAUACUGCAAGUGGAAGUAGGAAAGUUUGUUUCAGGUACUGAAAUGCUUCAUUUGGCUGUGCUGCAUUCUAGGAAACUUUGUGUCUACUCUGUCUCCGGAACCUUGGGUAAUGUGGAACAUGGGAAUCAAUAUCAGAUCAAAUUGAUGUAUGAACAUAAUCUCCAGAGAACAGCCUGCAAUAUGACUUAUGGAUCAUUUGGUGGUGUAAAAGGUCGAGAUUUAAUUUGUAUCCAGUCUAUGGACGGGAUGCUGAUGGUGUUUGAGCAGGAGAGCUAUGCUUUUGGAAGGUUUCUCCCUGGCUCUCUUUUGCCUGGCCCCCUUGCCUACAGUUCCCGAACAGAUUCCUUCAUCACCGUCUCUUCCUGCCGACAAGUGGAAAGUUACAAGUACCAAGUACUUGCUUUUGCAACAGAUGCAGAUAAAAGACAGGAGACCGAACAGCAGAAACUUGGUUCUGGAAAAAGACUUGUCGUAGACUGGACUUUAAAUAUUGGAGAGCAAGCCCUUGAUAUAUGUAUUGUGUCUUUCAAUCAGUCGGCAUCUUCUGUUUUUGUCCUUGGUGAAAGAAACUUUUUUUGCCUGAAGGAUAAUGGGCAGAUUCAAUUCAUGAAGAAACUUGAUUGUAGUCCAAGUUGUUUUCUCCCAUACUGCUCAGUUUCUGAAGGGACAAUAAAUACUUUGAUUGGAAACCAUCACAGCAUGUUGCAUAUUUAUCAGGACGUGACCCUGAAGUGGGCCACCCAGCUUCCCCACAUUCCCGUGGCAGUACGAGUGGGCUCUUUGCAUGAUUUGAAGGGAGUGAUAGUCACUCUAAGUGAUGAUGGUCACUUACAGUGUUCAUACCUGGGGACAGACCCUUCUUUGUUCCAAGCUCCGAAAGUUGAAUCUAGAGAACUAAACUAUGAUGUGCUUGAUGUAGAGUUGAAAGAGCUUCAGAAAAUCAUCAGAGAUGUUAACAAAUCGCAAGGUGUCUGGCCCAUGACUGAGAGGGAAGAUGACUUGAAAAUUUCUGCCAUAGUUUCCCCGAACUUGGACUCUGUAUCUCCAGCCCCUGACGCUGAAGUGGCUGCAGACCUGGUCCCUUCCGUCGCAGUGAAGGUUACGCUGCAGAGCAGAGUGGCAUUGCAAAACGCCAAGCUCUCCGUCCACGUGCAGCCACCUUUAGUAUUGUCAUGUGACCGAUUCACUUUUCAAUCGAUGGCACCAGAGAUGACUAGAACAGUAGCCUUUUCUGUUUAUCUGAAAGGAAGUUUUUCACCACCUGAACUAGAAGGAAAUGCUGUUGUUUCUUAUUCCAGACCAACAGAUCGAAAUCCUGAAGGCAUUCCUCGAGUUAGCCAAUGUAAAUUUAGACUUCCCCUGCAACUUGUCUGCCUACCAGGUCAGCCUUCAAAAAUUGCAAGCCACAAGCUGACUAUCGAUACCAACAAAUCUCCAGUCAGCCUUCCCAGUCUCUUUCCAGGCUUUGCCAAUCAGUCAGAAGAUGAUCAGGUGAAUGUAAUCGGUUUUCGCUUCUUAGGAGGCUCCCAAGUUACUCUUCUUGCUUCCAAAACUUCUCAACGAUAUCGCAUUCAGAGUGAACAGUUCGAAGAUCUUUGGCUCAUAACAAAUGAGCUGCUUAUCCGCCUUCAAGACUAUUUUGAAAAGCAGGGAAUCAAAGAUUUCACAUGUUCUUUUUCUGGAUCUGUGCCCCUCCAAGAAUAUUUUGAGUUGAUCGAUCAUCAUUUCGAGCUGCGGCUAAAUGGUGAAAAAUUAGAAGAACUCUUAUCUGAGAGAGCUGUGCAAUUUCGGGCCAUUCAACGCCGCCUGUUAACCAGGUUCAAAGAUAAGACACCUGCCCCCCUCCAACACCUGGACACCUUGCUGGAUGGAACUUACAAGCAGUGCCGCCCGGUACAGCAAGACGGGGAGCUGCGCAGUGGGAUUUGCUUCCUGUCCCGUUGA